CCGCACGCCAGUCGCUCUUGUACUCUGGGCGCGAGACAAUGUGAUGCUCAUAUUGCUGGUACUCUGUGCUGUUGCAGUUUAUCUGCUCUGUUUUGUUUGGUCUCGAGUGUGCAGUGCGUGACAUAUACAAAAAUUAAUCGCUUUACGCGUGUGCUAGAAUGCUUUGAAAAUGAAUCAUACAUGUGCGUUUGUGAAGGAGGGUGUUUGAUAGCUCAUCGCAUUUGUGACAUUCCUCGCUGUGAGUAUUAGGAAAAAUUAUAUAUUUUUCAGUUGUUACUGUUGAAUAUCGAUGGACUGUUGAAUAACAGCAGACCGUUUAUUGUGGUCCUAUCUCUCGAGACACCGCGUUUAUCAUGGGUAUUCCCGGUAUCCGUGCGUGCUGAAACGUCGCAAGUACUCAAGGAGGCGGGGAUGUGAGGCGGCGAGCAUGCUGCUGCUGCUGCUGCUGCUGCCACUGCUGCUGGGGGCGGUGGUGGGCUCGGGGGCGGCAGCCAUGGGCGUGCUGUCGGGCCCCGUGGUGGGCUCCUCCGGCUCCCCACGUUGCGAGGAGAUAACCAUACCCAUGUGCCGCGGCAUUGGCUACAACCUGACGGCCAUGCCCAACGACCUGAACCACGACACGCAGGAAGAGGCCGGCCUCGAGGUGCACCAGUUCUGGCCGCUGGUCGAGAUACACUGCUCGCCCGACCUCAAGUUCUUCCUGUGCUCCGUGUACGCGCCCAUCUGCAUCGAGGACUACCACAAGCGCCUGCCCGCCUGUCGCAGCGUGUGCGAGCGGGCGCGCUCUGGCUGCACGCCCAUCAUGAAGCAGUACGGCUUCCCGUGGCCCGAGCGCAUGGCGUGCGAGAAGCUGCCUGUUCACGGCGACCCCAACCACCUGUGCAUGGAGCAGGCCAACCGCAGCGAGGCGGCGCCCACGCAGCCUCCACCGCCCCCGCCGCCGCCACACACGCGGUGUCGCGUCAAGGGCGGGCGCCGCGUGUGCAAGGAGCCCGACAAGGACUGUGCGUGUCGCUGCCGCCACCCGCUGGUGGCCGUGCCCAGAGACUCGCCCUGGUUCAACCGCAGCGUGUCCGUGGGCGGCGUGUCCAACUGCGGCUUCCCCUGCCACGGCGUGUUCUUCUCGCAGCAGGAGCGCGACUUCGCGUCCGUGUGGAUCGCCAUGUGGUCGGGCCUUUGCUUCGCCUGCACGCUCAUGACUCUCACCACCUUCCUCAUCGACACGGAGCGCUUCCGCUACCCCGAGCGGCCCAUCGUGUUCCUGUCGGCCUGCUACCUGAUGGUGAGCGUGGGCUACCUGGUGCGCGUGGGACUGGGCCACGACCAGGUGGCCUGCGAGGCCGGCAUGGUCCGCCACAGCUCCACCGGGCCGGUCGCCUGCACGCUCGUCUUCCUGCUCGUCUACUUCUUCGGCAUGGCCUCGUCCAUCUGGUGGGUGGUGCUGAGCCUCACGUGGUUCCUGGCCGCCGGCCUCAAGUGGGGCAACGAGGCCAUCGCGGGCUACUCGCAGUACUUCCACCUCGCGGCGUGGCUGGUCCCCACGGUCAAGUCGGUGGCCGUGCUGGUGCUGGCGGCGGUGGACGGCGACCCGGUGGCCGGCAUCUGCUACGUGGGCAACACGAGCGCUGACCACCUGCGCGGCUUCGUGCUCGCGCCCCUGGUGCUCUACCUGCUGCUGGGCACGUCCUUCCUGCUGGGCGGCUUCGUGUCGCUCUUCCGUAUCCGCAGCGUCAUCAAGCAGCAGGGCGGCCAGGGCGGCCGCUGCAAGGCCGACAAGCUGGAGAAGCUCAUGAUUCGCAUCGGCAUCUUCAGCGUGCUGUACACGGUGCCCGCCACCAUCGUCAUCGGCUGCCUGCUGUACGAGACGACGCUGCACGACGAGUGGAUGGCGCCGCUGGUGUGUCCGUGCCACGGGCGUCGCGCGCGCCCCAUCUACGCCGUGCUCAUGCUCAAGUACUUCAUGGCGCUGGCCGUGGGCAUCACCUCGGGCGUGUGGAUCUGGUCGGGCAAGACCCUGGACUCGUGGCGGCGGCUGUGGCGGCGGCUGUGCGGCGGCCGCCCCCGCCCCGUCCUCGUGAAGCAGCAGUACGCCGUGCCCAGCAGCCUGCUGGCCGCGCCGCACAUCGCCGCCGCCGGGGGCAGCGUGCAGUCCAGCCGCCACCACUUCCCGCCGCAUGCCAAGCCCCCCUCCAGUAGCGCCGCGCCGCCCAGGUACGUAUGACACAAGCAGGCGGGCUCCGAGAACCUCAGCAACUACGGCCCCAUCUGAGCUGCGUGGCCUCGGGAGCUCGCCGCCGCGGUCUUCAGGUCGCCCCACCUCUACCGCCAGCCGCGUGCUUCCCUCGUGGAAGUUCAGUAUUUAUUAUAGUUGUUUUAUUUGCAAACAUGUUUCUAUAUACUCUUCUGCAGAAACCAGACAACUGAAUCUAAGAACAAUGUUGUUGCGAAUUCGCAAGUAACUUGUAGCUUCUCUGUAGUAGUUGGAGAGAUACCAUAGACAAAAAAGAAAUAAGUGUUUUUCAUGACCAGUUUCUUACUUUUUGUGUUAAGUUUAUAUAAUGUAAAACUAAAUCACAUAAUAUAAACAUCCUAACGGGUGAAAUGGGAACAUGUUAAAAUCUUAAAAUAUAUAUUGUAACUUUUUACGUGUAUCAUUCGUGCCAAGCUUCAGAAAUGUAAUGUUUCUAAGAACAAAUCCUUACUCUCUCAUGGCCAGUUACACCAUUACAGUUGAAGCGUAAUUUCGUUUCAUUGACUGGUUAGACUAUAUUUUGACCACACGUUCUGUGCAUCAUUAGGUUUUCAAUGCUGAACAAACAUCAUUGGGAACUUCGAGUCCAACCAACGGUCGUGUUGGUUCAUGACAAUGAUCUCGGAUCGACACAGAGCGAGCAGACAUGUUCGAGUUUUUACGGAUUUAAUGCGGGUGAUUAUUUUAAUGAGUAAACAUUAGAAAAUUAUUUAAAAACAUUCAGAUGAUAUAUGAUAUAUGAUAUAUUUAUGAAAAAUGUUGCUUUGUCUAGAGUUACAAUUACUUAUUGUAAGAAAUACCCAUAUUUAAAGUUUCAAAUACACGUUUUUUUUUUCUUCAGUUUAAUGGUUAGGCAUUUAAUUUCAACGAAAUCACUUUCGUUACUAAGAAGAGGCUUUCUUUAAUACGUUAAUAUUUUAGACUUAUUGGAAAUUAACAGGUUAUCUUCUGGCGCUAUCUUCUGGCGACCGCAAUAACUAUUCACUCAUUAGCUCACUGUGUCACAAUCUAUUUUAACGACUUCAUAUCGUUCCAGCCUAUUACUGCUGAUAACCUUUUGCCGCAGAUUGGAAAUACGUGAACCUUGGUUCACGCGAGCGACGUUCGUGUAGUAGGCCUACCAUGUGUUGGCGCAACGUUUGAGGGAUCGUGGAUCGAACGGCAGAAUGGUGCAACUGGCCAUUAGGCCAUAAGCGACGUGGUUUCGAGCAAAUUCAAAACAAAACUUUUAAUGUAUGUUGUUCAUGCCCAGUUUCCUUACUUCAUAUUAAGCAGAUGCGGAUACAAAUAUACGAUUUUUUUUAUAAAACAUAAAAUAACGACCAUUUUUUCACGCUUUAGGGAAAUAAUUUUCGAAGUGGUAAAAACCGGUUGUUAUUUUUUUUUUUAAUUUUUAUACACAAUCUUAUAACUCUUGCUUAUUUAUUUUAGUUUUUUUUUUAAAUGAAAACCGUAGCAUCCGAGCAUUGUUGCGGACAACUAUUAAUUGUUGGGCAACGGUUGAAGAAAUUAGAGACAGGGGUAUGGAACAACAGUUUAUUAGGGAUUAAUAAAUACAACAUAACAAUCAAUGGAUAGUGCUUCGAUUGUUCAGUUUGCGAAAUGGCUCCCCAAGGAUUCUGUGUAAGCUUGCACUGUGAACACACAUAACAAAAAUUACUGCCACUGCAAAUAACACUGUAUGACUUCCUACAAACAUACCCUGAACUGUGAUUUGUCCUUUCUGUUAUGACAACAACUAUAGUUUUUAAGUGUGUAAGAAACAAAAUGGCGGACCAAAACGUUAAGGUAAUUAUAAAGGGCCUUAACCUGCAUGUAAGUAUUUAUAACAUAAAUAUGGUUAACUGUAAUAAACAGGGAAAAGAUUAAACAAGAAGACAAUUGCAGUGUCUGAAUACGUAACUAUAACUGAAUCGCUCCGGGUUCCCACAGUCCAUUUAUCGUUAACCAUCGUAUACUGCGCGUUACUCCCGCCCUGUUUCUAAGGCGUAUGUAAUGAGUCACUCGCCUGCUGUGAUAGUGCCGACGUCUUCUACGUCCCAGCGGGUAGCCGACGAUGAACGCCUGGCGGGACCUCGCCCGCGAACAAACUCACCGGGUCCUCAGCCGCACGGGGCGCCGACUGGGAAACGUCAGUCAUGUCUUCGCUGCCGGAGUCACGGGUUCGGGACCUGGCGCAACUCGUCCCGCGACGCCUCUCCAGGGGCUCGAUUCCUCGCUCGUAGUAACAGGGACUAGCCUCAGGACUAGCACGGCUUCGUGAAGCCAAGUCCUCCGUCGCUUCGCUCGGGAUGCGGAUUCGUGUUAAUCCGCCACGGCGUGUUCCGGGUCUCUGUUGUGGCGUCACACCCCCAGGGCUCGAAAUCUCGAACUCUCUUCACUCGGCUCGCCUAGAACAGGGGCUGCGCAACCGAGUAUGUGCUUCUUCCGACAAGGUCACCAGAGUCCAUCCAGGUUGCCCUUCCUCGGGGUUUUCCUGCAUGGUGACCUGGUGAUGAAGUCCUCCGGUACCGAUGGAGUGGCUGGUGUUGACUAUGAUCGGGCAGCAUGACUGCCCACGUCAGCCAGUGGUGUCGUAGCCGGGUAUACACUCUCCUGGUCCCUCCAACGAUGUCGAUGUCUGACCUGGGGGAUUGAUUUUUUCCUAACCUAACUUAAAACUAAGUAUGUUGGGGAGGGUUCCGGGUUAGGGAGGGAGACUAAGUGGGUCUCAGGCUGAAGCCUAUACGCUCUAAUCAUGCAGGGUGUUAGCCAUGCAGGAGGGGUCGCAUGCAUCAUGUGCUAGGAGGGGGAUUGGCCAGCCAUGGCAGCGAUUGGCACCAUGACUAACUCCCCUCACUGACUAUACUAGACUAAAACUAUAUAAGUUGGGCCCAGGUAAAACCUGCAUAGGCACAGGGAAAACUGGGUACUUACACGUGGGAUGCAAAUUUCAUGCAUAUAUAUCAAGCAGAUUGGUCACGGGAAACAGAAGGAUGGUUCUGGAAGAAGAGUUGGACAGAGUAGAAAAGAAUCUACCAUGCGGGGGUUGGGCACUUGGACAUUGCUGUGCGCAUUUCCUUUGGUGGCUCCACACUGCCCCCUUAUAAAUGCGUCUCGGGAGUGAUUCACUGACCCGCUGUCCGGGCAUAGCGAACCGAAUCCCGUCUGGCUGUUUCCACAACUGCCUGGCGAGGAACGAGACGCGGGUCACAAAGAAUCGGUUCCGGCGAACGGGUCUCUUUGGGAUUUGGUUUUGUAUGCGCUGAGGGACUCGUUCACUGAGCCGUUUCCCGUCUGGGAAGUUCACAGGUCUCGGCGCGGCUCAUUGGUCCGUGAACGGAUCACCCACGCUCGGAUUCACUGUUUCUCGUUCAGAGUAGCUGUUCGUCUCGGAAAAAACGUUACCGAGUGACGACACUGGGAACAAUUUAAAUAAAACCCACAACGUAACUCUUUAUGUCUGGUAAUUAUGCUCUGUUUCUUAUAUCCAUAUUUAGUAUAUUCAAAGGUAAAUUAAUUGUUUGCAAAACUUAAAAAAAAAUUCUUUUAUUUAUCAGCGGAAGAAUUUUUGAAAAAAAUUAUAAUUUUUUGCUUUAUUUUUAUUAUUCGCAAAUAGUAUAUUUUCGUCCGCUUGAUUAUCUUCAGACAUACAAAUUGUUAUUAUAAACGAUAUGGCUGGAAUUAAAUAAUAUUAUGUAGCUUAGUGUUUGUUUUGGUUUAAAAAUUUUAAAUAAAUAGUUCCAUCUAAAUACAUUCAGUAGGUUUUCCUCGAUGCUGUGACAAACAGGAACACAUCGAGUUUUUAAAGCUACCGACUUUUUUCUUUGUAAUGUGAAUAUCCCUUUCCUUUACUAUAAUUUUCAUUUUAAUCCAUGCAAUGUAAAAAAUUUGACCCUUGGAGAUCUUGUCGUUAAAUCAGAUAAGUUGCACUGACACCUAAAUAAGACGAUUUUUAAAGUCCGAAUUUCACAAGAUAUCGAGAACGACACGUCGAGACCGAUAUGUCGAAAUGAGAAAGAUGUCGUGAAGCGACAUCAAAUUCCUAAUGCCGCAUAGCCGAUGAAAGCUGGAAGCCGAUCCUUCAAGAGUCCUUGGGUUCUGAUCAGGAAGUGAUGUUCGCGGAGGACGCAAUGCACCAGCCCGAGGUUAAAGCGAGUAUCUUACAUCGUUAAAUCUCAAGUUGAAAAAGUCGUUUAUUAAAGCCGUCGUACUACAUGGAUGUGAGACAUGGAGGUCGAAAACAGUUCUAACGUGGUUAUGGUUUUGGAGCGGAAAGUGUGAAGUCGGUGGCCACUGGGUAGUUCAAUCCAGUCUAUCGGGAACAUAUCGAUAAGCGUGGGAGAUAUGCUGGUCGAAUGGCAAUAUCUCCUGUGGAAGAACACAACUGGCUAGGCCAAGGUAAAGGCUGGAAGAAGUAGCUACUCUGUAAGCAUCUACUGUGGAUCGCACUCAUAACGUCUGGUAGCAGAGAGGAGGAAACAGAACCCAGCGGAGAAGAGCACUGGGGCUGAAGGUAGCCUUCAAGUAUUUCAACAACAAAACUAUAAAUAUUUGAGGACGUGAACAACUAGAUUGCGCUAUUUAAUUUACGGAAUAAAAGGUACUCAAAGUGUAAUCGACGGCGUGGCAACGGCUCCGUUAUUGAAAGCCAGUCUCUGAGGAGGACUCGCACGUGAGUCUGGCAGCCCAGGUCCUCUGCAGUCGGUAGCGAUGUAAGGCCAGUGAAGCCUCGCUGUCUGUGCAGUCACAGGCGCUGGACUUCCCUACAGCCUCGACGUUAUUGCGUUCAUAGGCCUCAUUUGUUCACGAUCUUCACUACUAAUCCAGUCAAUUUGUUCUCAAAAGGGCCCCUAGCAGGAAAGUUUUGGGGUAGUUUUGAUUUAUUCCAUGCUUAUGUUUUUUGGGGUGCUGAAUGCGAAUUUGAGAUUUGCUAACAAUAUUUUGUGACACAACAUUUAAAAUUUUUUUAAAAAAGCUAAAAAAUCUCAAUUGUUGGCAGUUUUUUGCUUAUGCCUCGAAAACUAUCAACUUUUUGCAAAUAACAUUUCUAUUCAAAAUGAAAGUAUCUAAAAUUUCCUACAAUUUGUCUUUUUUAUGUUUUUUUCUCCGACUAACCGUUUGGGCUCAAACUCUAGUUGAACAUUGUUGUAUAUUGGCUGUCUCCGAGAAAACCCCACUUUUUCCAUUCCAAAACUCUAAAUUAUUAUUAACGGCUAUCAUUAAGUAAAUCCCUCCUAGUUUUAAGCUAAAUACACUGAAGCCGAGUUUAACUUGUUAUGCCAUCUCCAGUACUAAUAAGCACUUUUAUAAUCCUAUUGUAUUUAAAUUCUGUGCAAGUGUAAUUCCGUCUUAUACAUAUUUUUUAUUUUUAUUUAUUCUCUCCCGACCUCCACAAAAGAUUUUAUAACUGCCCCAUCUAGUAAGUGCUCUUAUUUUAUUAUGUUAUUUUAUUAUAAUUUAUUAUAUUAUUUCUCUUUCGUUGCUUAUUUCUUUUAUGCUUUACAUUCGGAUCCAUUACUUGUCUUUACUGUGAAAAUACUUCACACGGUUAGUAAUGCAGGAAGGGAGAUGGAAUGUCUCCACUGCAAUACACUCCCUUCCCCCUCUUGCGAUCAUGAACAGCCCCAUUCAGAUACAAGAUAGGGAUGUAGUCAUCAAUCCAAUCACACUUUUUCAACGAAUGACCAUCGUGAUACAUUCAGAUGAAGAUCUGCGAGAAUUUUUGCGUUACGAACUUAGCCCCUAUCCUCUCUCUCUAUCUCUCUUCGAUGAGCAUGGGAUGAGAAAAGGAACAAAAUCGAGCUUGCAUAGGGCUUUUGCACCUAUUGAACAGGCAGAUUUGAAUAAUACAAAAUAUGUCAUCGAUGGAGGGUUUUUGUUACACAUAUGUCAAGUCAAACUACAACUCAAAAUACCAUUGUCAUUUUCGAUGGCUACCCUGACGAAGCUUGGUGAAAGCACCAAGCGCAUAGAACGUUUUAGAAGAGCACAAAGAAAACAAUCUGCUGCAAUAUCAUUUACAGAAUCGAUGGUGCCCACUGUCUCACAGGAGAGUUUCCUUGCCAACUGCGAAAACAAGAACCGGUUGAUUUCAAUGUUGAUGGAAAAAUUUCAUGAUGCAAAAAUGUAUUCACAGUAAGCUGUAGAGGAUGCUGACAUCCUAAUUAUCACAACAGCUCUUAAGUUGGCCCCAUCAAAUGAAUAUGUAACAGUGGUGGGGGAAGAUAUAGACCUUUUGGUGAUUUUGAUUGUCCUGUGUAGCCCAGACAUAAAAAAUGUCUUCUUUUUGAAACCAGGAAAAGGAAAGUGUCGCAAGCGCUCUAUAAUCCUCAUCUUGCCACUCACAAAAUUCUAUCAGACCAUAUAUUGUUCCUGCACGUGAUGAGUGGUUGUGACACUACCUAUGCUAUUUUUAACCAGGGAAAACUGAAAUUUCUCAAAGUCCUGAAAAAGAACAAUGACCUGCAAGCAAUCAUUGAUGCUUUCAAAAACCCUCAUGCACAUCAGGACGAGAUUGCCGAAGCAGGAAACGUGUUACUCAUCGCUCUAUAUGGGAGAGGUCAUGAUACAAGCGUGAACGAUUUGAGAUACAGGCAAUGUGUAUCUUCAUCGUACAAAAAUAAAACCAACAUUGCCUCACUACCCCCCACCGAAGCUGCUGCACGACAACGUUAACUGAGAGUUUACUUUCAGGUGCAGCAAUGGUUAUCCAGUCAAAACACACUCAACGAGCAACAAAGAGAUCCGAGCGAGUGGGGGUGGAAAAAAACAAGAGGUGGUAUCGUGCCAGUUCCAACCACUUCCAACCCUGCACCAGACUCGAUACUUAAGCACAUUUAUUGUAAAUGUAAAAAAGGCUGCCAACGCAAUUGUGGAUGCAGGAAGGCAGGUCUUCAUUGCUCUCCGAUCUGCACAUCGUGCGAAGGGCUGUGUGAUAACGUCGAGCCCCCGGAAGACAGCACUGACAUAGACGAAGAAGAGGCCGAAGAAAGAGAUCGAGAACAGACUGAAAAGAGAUGCUUACAUAAUAUGCAAGGUAUGUCUAAUCUAACAAUCUAUUUCGUAUUCAUUCAUGUCUCCUUGAGAUAUGGUCACAAGUUGUUUUAUCACCACCUAUUUUAUUUUCCAGAUGUACAAACCCCGACACUGACGAUAGAAAAACCAGAAUCUAUGUCAGAACCCGCCGCCUUCGAAGAACCUCAGCCAGAAACCUCUGAACGACUACGGCACAUAUAAUUUUUGCUCAUAUAGAGGUAGAUAUAAUAUAUAAACAUUUGUAAUAAAAUAAAAUAAGAAAUAUGUUUUAAGAUUUUUCGUUGGAAUUUCAGUUUUUGUAACCAAAUUUGUACAAUUUCGGACUUUUUUAAUAACUUGAAAAUUAUGUAAUUUUUGAAAAAUGACCUGUAUCUACCUUCACAUAUAUGAUCAAAGUAAGAUAUGCACAGAUAACUGAAAGGAAUUCACUAAAUUACAGCUGUUAAUAAUAAAUUAGAGUCUUGGAGUGGAAUAAGUGAGUUUUUGGGGUCACAGCCAAACUACACCAAUUUUCAACUAGCGCUUGAGCCCGAACGGUUAGGCGGAGAAAAAAAAACAUAAAUAAACAAAUUGUAGGAAAUUUUAGAUACUUUGAUUUUGAAUAUAAAUGUUAUUUACAAAAAGUUGGUAGUUUUUGAUUCAUAAACAAUAAACUGCCAAAAAUUGAGGUUUUUUUACUGUUUUUUUAAUGUUGCGUCACGAAAUUUUGUUAGCAAACCUCAAAUUCGGAUUCAGCACCCCUUAAAACAUAAGAAUAAAAAAAAACUACCCCAAAACUUUCCCGGUAAAAACACAAUUUAACUGGACUAUACGGCGACAAGUCGAACGACACAUGCCUCACUGGCGGGAGUCUCGAAGGAGGCGCUGUCGCCGGCGCGGUCCCGCCACGGCUGGUGUCGGCUGUGAGGAUAGAUAAAUACGAACAUCUGGAGGCGGAGUGCAUUUCGGAAAUGCCUGGGCUCGGGUCGUGACACCGGGCGAAGGGAAGGGAGGGGGUAGUGACAUGGGGAGGGAGGCGUUGUGAAAACAAGAGCUCUUGUGAGGGUAGUCCCUAAAGAGCGGCGAGGUGGGGGAGACAGCCACUGGGCACCAUGAGGAGGGGGGAGGAGUUUUUGUAUUUUCUUUUAAACCUUUUUAUUUUUUAUUUCGAUGGACGGGCGUCACCAGAUUAUUUAACUUCCCUCCUUACACCUACUCGUCCCGGUACAGCCCCGCGCAUAAGGUGUGCCUACCGCGCCAAGGGAUCGCUGGUUUCUGCCCCAACAGUUAUUGUGCGGAGGUUAGGCGACUGCACGAGACACGAGAUAAUGGUUCUGGUCAAGUCUCCACUAAGGCAUGACGUGCUUGCGAUUGGUAAGUUGGCAAGUCCUCUAGCUUUGAGCGGGCAGUUAGUAUAGUAUUAAAACAUUGCAAACCCUAGGCCUACAACUCUGUAACCUGGGAGUUUUAUUUUAUUUAGAGAGUGUAAUGCAUGAGUUCCAUACAACAAACAUUAAAAAUGCCAAGAAGAUUACGGUGUGCAUGCUAUAAUAUUUCUUACUCGAAUGAACAUAAAAUUAAAUGGAAACAUUUAAUUAGCCACAGAUAAUUUUUAAAUAUUAUAUUUGAGGUUAAUUAUAGUGAGGCGCGUCCGAGACAUUGCCAGUCCGCACGGGACACUUCGGGGCUCAUAAUCAAAACCAAAAUUAGUUGCAUAUGUUUUCAAAUAAUUAAAUUACCUUAUAUGAUUCGUUAUUUAAGUUUUAAAAAUUCAUACGGUAAAUACUUAUGCCGUAACAUUUAAUUUGUUUUAUUUAAUAUUACAAAUAAUAACUAAAUGGUAAGUAUUAUUAAAAAUGGACAGGCCUUAACUUCCUUCGAUACCAAACACACUUUUGUAGGACGUGACGUGAAUCUCAUCAUCGUAAAUAUGCCUCGAAGUCUGAACUGGGCGUCAACGGGGCGACGCCAAAGUUGCACUCGUACUUCGGAGUGGUUCGCCGAUUGAAGCUGCUCUUGUUGUGGGCCGCAACCAGCGAGCAGCGCUAGGUGGUCGAGUGGCCAAAGUCCUGAGUGAGCGAGGCAAGUGCUCGGAGACCUCGGACAACACCUGGUCUCGUGUCUCGCAGCCAGGCAGCAUUGCGUGGUUCACCGCCUCAUUCGCCUGCCAGCCACACGCGAUGCCUCUGUUCCUCAGCCCUUCUUCUGUGCAAUGCCAGAUUUCAUAAUUUCGCUAACUGCCGACUUCCUUUUACUGGAGUGAGACCCGAAGCGUCAGUUCGCGAUUAAUUAGCGUAAAAUAACUCACAAUAGACUUUAUUAAUAUGUGCUCAGCACUGUCUUCCUUUCCACAGUUGGAGCACAUGUGCUGACGGGCAGGGCGCACCAGGGCGGAUCCACAUCGAUUGGCAGGGGAAGGCAAAUUAAAAUUUUUAAUAUAAUUUUAGUACAUUUAGGAUUGAAAUACCUAUUAUAUUUUAUUUGUGGUUAUAAACAUCAUAUAUAUUAUAAAAUACUUCAGUAAGUUUGGUAAACUAUGAAAGUAAUAAGGAGAAAAUCUGAAAAUUAAUCAGGGUUUUGGGGUGAUGCACCAUUGCGGACGCAUGUGCCACUGGUUUCAACCCAGACGCGGACCGCAGGGUCAAAGCUCCCGAGUCCCACCCCCACCAGCUCUUCUUCCGGUUCAUCCUUCUCGUCCUGUACCGACCCUACCUGCUUGAUGCUUGCAAUUUACAACCCCUCAUGAAUCAGCCCAGGGUUUUCCAUGUGUCUAUGCAGGUUUUACCUGGGGCCUACUGAACUAGUUAUAGUCUAGAUCUUAGAUAGGGGAGUAAGCCAUGUCAUCAAUUGCUACCAUGGCUUACUAAUCCCCAAAAAAAGCACAUGAUGCAUGCUACCCUUUCUGCGUGGCUAAAACCCAGCAUGAGUAGGCGUAUAGGCUUCGGCCUGAGACGCGCACCUAGGGUGGUAUUUAUAUUCACGUCUUGAGCAAUUCCUUCGUCAAGAAUUUCUUAUAUGCAUUCUUAUUUAACAUUUGUGUGCCAUAGAGGUUGCUUGAGAUGAUCUCAAGUGAUCGCAAACAAGACAAUCUUGAUGAAGACCAUCUUAUGAUAGUCCCAUAUUUCUUAUUUCUGAGAGGGCAUUCUCCUGUCUCAUAGUCGUUGCUUGAGAACACCAUCGUAGAAGCAUGUUUCAUAGUCGCUGAGACCGUGCUUAAGAAAACGAAUAAGAUCGUCUUUGCCAAGACCACUGCAGGCAUGUCUCAAGCAAAUGCUUGUUCUGAUCGCAAUGUAGAAAAUGGCGGAUUCUCGUGAACCUCGUAUUUUUAUUCUUAAAUAAAUCCUGUAUGAAGUGCUGAAGCAAUUUUAUAUGUAUUUUAAAUGAGUUUAGUGUUUGUUUGUGACCAGUGGUUACAUUUUCAAGUGCUAAACAGACACAUUUAUUUACAUAUCGAUCACAGAACGAGUACAAUGGAUGUGGAAAACGAUGCGAUUAAUGAUGGUUGGUGGUACAUAUCACAAUCAGAAAAUUUAAUUCUACAUUCGUGACACCAGAAUACAUUAAAAAUAAUUUAAGAAAAAGUGGCAUUACACUGUUGAUAUAGCAUAAUUUUCCACAAAAUUCGUUAGAGGGUUUCGUAGUGUAUUGGUUAGGGAGAUGAGAUUCAAGUCUAUGAAUAGAGAAGACAAUACGAAUGUGGUUCAAAUCCUGGCACUGACAAUUUUUUUUUAUAGUUACAGUUAAUGAAAAAUGCAAAUAUAGCUUUAAGAGAUAUCUUAUUAGAUUUAUUUUUUAAAAUCUAAUUGUUAUAAUAUAUUUAAAUACAUAGCUCAGUUUAUUGAUUUGGUUAUUUCAUACGCAGUAGGCUUUGAGACACACUGUAGUCUAUAUAUUUUACUUAUAAUACGAAUAAAUUAUAGAAUCACAAGUAACUUGAACAAGAAUAAUUAACCUAUUAUAUGAGUAAAUUAAUGUCUUAUAUUAUUAAUGAACAAACAAACACUCUGUAAAGGGUUUUACAAAAUUUUAAGUUCCUAACUAUGUACCCUUAUCAGAUUCGUUCAAACUUAUUGUUAUAAUUCUAAACAUACAUUUUUCUUACUUAAAAUUAAAAAAAAUUUUUUACUGUGUAGUUAAAUCUGAUAUUUUUAUUAAACUAACAUUUACUGCACCUUAUCCUGAAACUGAAGCAGUGUGAAAUUUUCUGAAAAAAAAAAAAAUAUGUUUUUCACUACCUGAAAUAUUUUUUUAUAAUUCUGUAAAGUCAGGUAGCUUUUAAACAAGUAGUAAUUCAGUAUUAACAGUUCUGAAGAUGCUAACUUAAUUUUAUUAUUUUUUAAAAUGGUAUUAUUAAAUCGUUAGAUACAUAAUUUCUUAAUGUUAAACUUGCACAGGAAAGACAAAAGUCUAUAAAGUUCUUAAUUUCAUUCAUCUCAAGUGACACAAGCUGAGAUGUACUAGAAGUUGUGCAUAUUUGUGGUCGCAAAACAUCAAUUUUUCCAUGUGUGAUUCAAGAGUAUUAAAAAAAUAAACGAAUUCCUCACAUCAACGUAAAACGCACUUCGAAUGUAGUGACAUAUACUCACUAAAUCUUGUUACUAUAAAUAGCCUCACAUUCUGGGGUUUCAGGGCUUGGUGUGAAUAGUACCAGAAUAUUUAACGAAAACAGUUCAAUCGGCAAAGUUCAUGAAUGCUCGUGUCUUUUCGGCUGUCUCAAGUAAGUGCUUCGUCAAGCCGUAAGUACGGCAAACAAGCUCUUGCUUGAGCAUGCAGUCUUCAUGAAGCUCGUCUUGUUCGCGGACUAUGAAACAUGUAGAUUGAAAUCGCUGCCUUGAGAAACAAGACCGUCUUCGUCAAGACGGUCUCAAGACAUUGCUUAAGAUGCGACUAUAAAUACCAGCCUUAGUCUUCGUAAUCCAGACCACUUCCAAGCAAAUACACUUAGUUUUAGUUAGGUUAGGAAAAACAUGCCUCUCUUUUGUUGGCACGCCUGCUUUCAUGCACCCUUCCAAAGGGCCUGGCUCUAGGUAUAGAAGCUUUCAUAGCCAUAGUCUUACCUAAAACCGUAUUAGUAUGUGUUUUAUUUUCUGCUAAACCCACUAGCCAAAGUCGUCAAUAUGGCGGACCUGCGUGUGGCAACAUACACUUGUAUAUAAUCUAUUUUGUGAACAUUAGGGGACGUACCAAACUUAUUGGUGUGCCGAAUGAAAAUUUAUGAUAGUGAAACUUCUUUAGGAUAUAUUUUAUGAACUUAAAUAGUUUUAGCAAGAAGUAAUCACAAUUUUUAAAAUACGUAAGAAAACUGGUAUUACAUACUACACGGAUAAAGCUCAUAGCCUCCAUACACUUGUGUCUCGGUGGUGCAGCAGCAGAAUAGUCGAAGGUUCCCUUUUUGACAUGGUUCAUAUCAUGUCAUUGGGAAUUUUUUCUUCCUUUUUUUUAGUAAAAUUACUGUUGAUACAACUUUUGCUUCAUGCAAAAAUUAGUUAUUAAUUUUUAUUGAUUAAUCUAAUUGCUGCAAUAACUUUAAAUUCCUACAUAUCUCAUUCCGGUGAUUCGGUUAUUUCAUACUUAUUAGCCAUGUAAAAUUUAUAUUUUAAUUACAAUAAAAAUAAAUUUCAUGUUCACAAGUAAGUCAAAACAAAAAAAAAAUAUCAGGAAAUUAAAUGUCAAUAAAUUAUUGAUAAGUAAACACACGCUUCAUAUGAACUGCUCACCUGUUAAACUAAAUGAAAAUGCAAGGUGGUUUUCUUUCACUACGGUUUUAAGUUUACUAUGGAAACUAAUAAUAUUCUAAGCUAUGCUUUUUUAUUUUUUUCGCGUGGUGAAAGUUAGUUACCUUCUCUCUAUUUCUAAUAAGUUAGCAGAUAUUCAAUUAAAAUAUUUAAAACAGUGAAUCGUAGCAUUAAAGAUACCUACAAUGAAAUUAGCACAAUUUUUACUGUAAAUUAGUGCGAUGAGCUGUCUUAUGAAUAUAAUAUGAAUAUAUGAUUAUGAAUAUAAUAUUAUGAAUGUAUCAAAAAUAAAUUAAAGAAAACCUGAUUAUAUUGGGUCCUUUAAAUUUAAUAUUUCUAGAUUUUCAAACUAAACUAAAAAAGAAAAUUUACACUCGUUCAGACUAAAAUUGCACUGUUUUUGUUUUAAAUUUAAACACUAAUAAAUUUUUUUUGAGUGACGGGUAGAUAAUAGAAUAUCACAAAUAAUUCACAAAGUUACAUAAUAUUAUAACAAUCUGUUAUUUUCGUAUAUUUUCAGUAUUUGGUUUUGUUGACAACUACAAGUGUAUUCCUACCCCAAUAUGCUUGCUUAUUUCGGUAACUGCGUUGGAUUAUUUUGUGUCAGUCUUCUGCUAUAUAAACUGUAGUGCCCACGUUUACACCCACAGGUAUAGAAAAAUGAAGGUAUCGUGUAGGGCGGGCUUUAGGCACUUGCGGAUACUAGUAUAACUAAGUACUUUCAGAGGUACAUUCCAGACGUGUUAAUGUCAGAAAAUAACUUUUUUUCAAUUAGAAGUUAUAGAAAGGCGUGUUGAUUCAUUUUGGUACAUUGCAUAGGCAGACACUUUUUCAAGACGAUUUUUUUUUGUGGUUUAUAUAAUUUAAACAAAAAUGUGUUCUUUCCUUGGCGCGACUGUAGUUCCCAGUUGCCGGGUAAAAGGCGCUUGUCUUUGUUACUAGGAACGCGUUCAAACGAUUUACUGGCCAGACAAUGUACCGACUUGUGAAGUUGGAAGUCUACUGCCGUCCAAACACUCACAGAUCUUGUAAAAUGUGAUGCCUCUCAAAUAGUGAUUAAAUAGCUUUCUAGUUUUCAGGGUCCCUUGCCAGACACGCACAUCGAAAAAAAUCACAACUACAUUUUCGACUUCUGAGAAAUUAUCUCAAAAUUUAACGCAUACAUUCCUGUCUUAUCCUGUGUGUUACCAAGAUUGCAAUUUAAAGGAUAUUUGUUUACGAAAUCGAAUUAUCAGUGAUAACAGUUCUUAAUGCUAAAAUAUCUCAGCAACAUCUUCGACGUAUAACGUAACUGAACAAGUGACUUACUAGUCAAGUCUAUAAUAAAACCAUUAAACAGUGAACAUUUUCGACUACUUGGGACUGGCUGUCAGGCGUGCCCAUAGACAGUGGCGUAGCGUGCCAUCUCGGCGCCUGGGGCGGGAGACCCAUUUUGCCGCCCCCAUUCUAUAGGUGCUUACUUAAAAUUAAAUUUCACAUGCAAUGAGGUACCUUUUAUUGAAGUUAAAAUAGGAUGAGCGGUUUUACAAGCGGAUUCUACGGGCCUUAUGAGCAGCGAAGUCAGAAAUAACUUUGUCAAAAUCAAUAUUAGCAGCCAAUUCUUGUUCAAUCGACAAUAUAGCCAAGUUUGAUAGUCUAGCGGAGCUCAUAGUAGAUCUGAGGUAAUUUUUUAUUAGCUUCAACUUCGAAAAACUUCUCUCACAACUUGCAACACUAAUCGCCAAAGUCAAAUAUAUACGAAUCAAGAUGACUAUAUUUGGAACCGAAAUUCCGAGAUUCAGUUUUUGAAUGAACUGGAGGAGCUCCAGUGGUCCAUUACCACUUAUAUGUUCCUCUGAUUCAGAACAGGCAACAACAACAAACUGCUAAAGACGCUUCCGCUCCAUCUGAAACUCGUCCUUGUCGAUGUCUUCUAAUACAUGGGAAAGAUCACACUCGAACUUGCUGUCCAAAAGUUUCGCUGGCAUCAAAAAUCCGAACUUGUCCGAUAUUUCUUGAAUUUGCUGGAAUCGAGUCGUCAUUUCUUGAAUGAUCUUGUCGAAUGAUGCGGUAAUCUCUCGACGGAUUUCCUGUUCGUGAGACAAAGCUGCUUCUUCAGAAGAUUCAUCGCCAUGAAUGCGUUUUUUCCUGCGAAUUCUUCUCGUUUUCAGUUCGAUUCCGAGUUUUUCGCAGAGAGUCUUAGCAAAGUCAAUUGCUUCUUGCACGAAACGGUCUCUACUUUCCACUAAGAGGGUUUUCAAAGCGCAGAGUUUCUGAGCACACUUAUCCACACUUAGUCCUCGUUGCUGCAGGUAAAUCUGUGCGUCAUCUACUUCAGGUAGCACUGCAGCCCAAAAGCCAAGAAAAGUUAGGAAGUUAAAUGACUGCAUGGCUGUCAGGAGAAGACUGGCUCCCGAUCUUGUUUCGGAAGUUUGAGAUGAAUCUGUUAAUUGUUCCAGUACCUCAAGAACUACCUCAAACUUAUUUUUAAGCAUCUUGACAGCUACAUGUCUAGCGCUCCAGCGCGUUUCAGUGACUCGUUUUAAUGCUUGACCUGUGACGGCAACCAAAGCGUUCCAUCGAACAGUUGAUGCGGAAAAGAAGGCAAACAGCUUCUCCAGAGUUCCAAAAAAUGUCACGGAAUCCACUGAUUCAGAAGCAGCGUGUACCCCAGCCAAGUUUAGUGAGUGGUUUGUGCAUGCAACGAAUAUAGCUUUCGGAUUCGGUGCUUUAAUCCGGGCUUGAACUCCAUUGUGGAUCCCUGACAUUGUGGCAGCAUUGUCAUAAGCCUGUCCUCUCAGAUUCUGUAUGUCCAGUCCGUCUAAUGUUAUCUUCGCGAUUAUAUCGUUGCUGAGAUCUUCUGCAUUUUUUCCUUUUGGUUCGAAGAAGUCAAUGAAAGAUUAUACCACGGCGACUUUUUCUCCUUCGAUAUGUACGUAUCGCAGAACUUGGCUCAUUUGGUCAUUGUGGGAGAUGACUGGUGUGCUGUCGAAGAUUACGCAAUAAUAUUUAGCUUCUUGAAUACGACGGAUGAUGGUGGAUCGAACUUGCUGUCCCAGUAAGUUUAUAAAUUCAUUCUGGGUUUCUGGAGAUAGAUACGAAACUGAGACUCUUGCUCCCAGCUUUAUCUUUGUCAGGCGUUCCAUUAGAAGAGGGUCGUAUUCAGCUAGGAGGUGCACUAACUCCAGAAAGUUCCCGCGAUUGCCACUAUCAUCUCCUCGAAUGUCUUCUCGAUGUCCUCUGAAGGCCAGAUUCUGUUUGGCUAAGAACUGGAUAAUAUUCAGCAACCUGUACAGUACAUCCCUCCACUUCUUCUCCUCACUUUCGAAAACUUCUUGUUGUUUCUGAUCGAUGGUUGCUUUACAGUUCAGGCGAACUUCCAGCUCCUUCCAUUUCAAGAAGCUCUGUUCAUGGCCCAGGCUAUUUUCAUGGUCUCCUAUUCUUGGAUUUAGCUUCCACCAUUUGUUGAAUCCUUCUUCAGAUGCGAAGUUAGAGCCGGAAUUGCCAAACAGCUUGCAAGAAAAACAAUACAAGGAUUGCUUCAAAGGCGAGUACACCAUCCAUGUUCGGAGAACCUUUUCACCGUUAGAUAAUGGUUUGUAGAACCACUCUUUGGUUAGUUUUCGGGUACCGCCUUUCGUUGAAGUCCCUGAGCGAACAACAUCGGCAAAUUUGGAAUCGAUGUGCUGUACUGAGUCAGAUCCGCGACAUACUAGAAGCGUUCUUACUUCGUCGGUCAUAGGAGAAGGCCAGCAACCUACAUCUCCGAGAUUCACAUCUUUGAUUUCGGCAGGAGCAGAAGGCACGAUUUCAAUUAUGUCUUCUUUGGCAACUUUCACUUUUUCUGCAGGCUUAUGACUAGAUUCUUGAGGUACUUUUAAUGAGUCGACUUCGUCUUGACCCUGCUCUGUGGUGGGACCAGAACUACUUCCAACUGCGACGGCAGGUACGUCUUCUUCUUGUACCUGUAAAAUAAGUUAUGUAUUCCCAUGAAUAUUGGACGGAGGACACGUUCGAAUUUCAAAUAAGUAUUUUAUCUAUCACAAAACAAAAGUGGUUUUGGUGACGGCGCGGUUUGCCGGGCUUAUAGGAAAAUUUACAAACAAAAUUGAUUUUGUAUGGCAGCUACCUUUUUUAGAGUUUCCCGGUAAAAACUGACUGAGUAAGCCAUGUUAUAGAUGUUAUUAAAAGAUAAAAUGACGAGAAAUUUGAGAAAAAUCGUUGGCGCCAUUUUUGAGCUAAAUGAAAAAUUAUGUUUUCUUUGUAUGACAGGUCCCAAAAUAAUCAAGAUAUCCAAAAACAAAAAAAAAAAUAUUCCUAGACUACUACUAGAUUUACAAAACAUCCCCUAUUGAAGUUUUAAAUUAAAGUAGCAGGACAAAAUUCAGUCGUAAACUUAAAAAGAUGUAACUUAACUUAAUGUAAUUUAUGUUAAUAUACUCCAUACUUUUUAAACAAUAAUCAAUGUUCAAACAGCUAUUAGAGCAAUUUUAAGUGUAUUAUAAAAUAAGAUUUAAUGUACGAGUGUGACUCCGUACUCGCAGACAAACCUAGGUGAAUAGGUUUUGCGAGACUAAUGUAAGAAAUAUUGUAACUUUUGUAAACAAUAAAUAAAUAAUAAUAAUAAUAAUAUAGGAGUUUUACUGUGUCCCGGUUUGCGGAAGUUGUUUGGUUUGCCCUGGGUUAAGGUCAAACUUUACAGUACAAUGCGUAGUACUAAAUUCAAUGAGUGCGAAAGAGAGGCAUCGACACGGGCCGACGCGUGAAACAAAAGAUUUUGUAUUAGUAAUGAACACAAUAAGGAGUGCCGCUCAACUCGGCUCGCGCGCGCCGGGCGGCGCGGCGUGAUGCGAUGUUGCCGUUCGUAUGUAAACAAACAAACGUUAUAAAGAGCUCUCUCAGUGAUUUCGCAGUUUUUCUUUUAAAUAAAUAUUAAAAAAUAGUUGGUGCGCAAAAUUUUAGAUAAAAAUGGAACAUUAUAGUGUGUCUGACACAUGUAAUGGAUGAAUCAUAGAUCAGAUCUCAACCCGCUUCACCGGCGACCCGCCCCCGCGGGUUGCCGCCCGGGGCGGGCCGCCCCCUCCGCCCCACCCACGCUACGCCACUGCCCAUAGACUAAAGUUGUUAUAUAAACAGAUUACUGACAUCUGCACACGAGGUAACUUUGCCAUUGGCUUACGUCUUGCGAUGUUCCUUAACUCUCAACAACUGUGAUGUCAACUAGGCUGUAUGUGCUUGUUUACAAAUAUCACUCACCCUUUCUGUUAAAAAUACUAAAUAUAAAGUAGUAAUUUGAUGCAGAUCAUAUCUGAAUCCAGGACCACACCUGGAUACACAACGCACCACACUAUUGUAACAGUUGUAGUGGCAGGCAAGCCGCUGAUGGCCUCGGGGUUGUAGCACUGCGGGGUUGAGCGCGCUAUGCGCAACCCGAGUGCAGUGACUGUCGUGGGAGAGCAGGGUUGGCGGCCCUGCCAGGGCGACCUCUGGCCGACUUUGAGCGCGGACAAACACGGCUGCCAGCUAGGGCCACUAUGCACGUCACAGACCCUCAAACUCGACCCGUGGCGCUGGCCAAACAAGAGUUCCGUGGCGCAGUAGCUGGUCCGACACGCUCGCCGCCAAUAUUGACACGUGCGUGUUGAGGUGUCGCUGCGAGGCCGUGGGGCCUGUGGGUCUGGAGGGACUGUGGUGCCUGGUACCUUUUAGUGUCUCCAUAGGCCGCGCUUCUUGAUCAUUCCACCCGAUUCGGUUCACAAUCGAAUUUACGUGUUAUUAACUAAACUUAAUAAUUACAAUACUCCUAAACGAAUAAUUCGCUCAUGCCGGUUUUAUCAUUUGCAUCAAAAACAUGGAUAUCGUAUUGACAUAUUUUAAUCUUACUGAUUUUGAUAAUGAUUAUAUAUAUAUGUAAAUAGUAUUUUGGUAUGUAUGUAUAUACUUCGAUACAUUUCGACCGAUAAACAUGAAAGUUGGCACAUAGAAUUGUUUUUUAUUUUUUAUUCAGAAGAUUUUUAUGCUAUACUCGCCGCUAGAUGUCGCUGCAGCGAAUCAGCCUCUAAACCGUUCAACCGAUCGCCAUAAGUAAACAGAAAAAAAUGAGUCAUAGACAUACAAACAGUAAGCCUGUGUCAUUUCUCUAUGUCCACUACACUGUCAUAUAGCGCUGUCACCCUAUGUUCAGCCCGGGCAACGCCGUGUACUACAGCUAUCAAUAACUAUUAUUCUUUUAUUUGUAGGCAAAUUACAUUUGUAUCACACGCAAUAAACUAUCUUUGGACGUCUUACAUGUCAAUUAUUUAUACAAUAUCUAUAUUGCUGUAACCAUAGAAAAGAGAGGGCUGUAACUCAUGGGACACAUAGCAAUAAAUAACAAUAACAAAUAGUGACUGUGAUUUUGAAUACUGUAUUAUAUAUAAAUAAAUAAAAUGUUGUUGUUGGUAUGUAUGACGUUGAUAAACUCUUGACACCAUGAUCACCAUGAAAGUUGUCAUAUCGAAGUUAAUUUUCGUGGAAAAUAUUAUCAUACCAGCCAUUUUGAUAUAACUCGCCACUAGAUAGCACUGCAGCAUAUCAGCUUCUAUAUCGUUCAACCGAUUUCCAUGAAAAUGUGUAUAUUGUGAUUUUUACUGUUCUUAAUCCUCAAUAACAACAAAUAGUGAUUGUGAGUUUGAUCAGUAUUUAGCGAGUUUAAAAUUGAAUUACAUUUCCAACUUUUAAUAAAUUCUAAAUUACAUACAAAUCUUCCAUAUAUAUAUUUAGAUAGAUAGAAAAAGAGAGAGGUAAACAAACAAAAACUGGCAGGACAACAUCUUCCGUGUUCUGCUAGUAUUAUAAAUUAUAUGAGCUAGAUACUGGGACUCAUGUCUGUCAACAGUAGUUAGUAGUAUAUAAUAGGGCAUCCGAGAUAAGGAUUCAGGAUGUGGAGCCGGGAGCCGGUGUCCGCCAUCUUGGAUUGUGACGUCACGGCGGCAAAAAUUCCUCAAAAUUCCUCAAAAAUGACUCAAAAAUAC